UACUUAUCCCAAUUACUCACCUUAAUUAACACAUCAGUUAGAGAAAAUAUAGUGUUGUUUGAAAUGGAUACUAUCUGCAUCUGCAAGCCAUAUUCAAGUUCUCAUAGUGGUGUUGGUAUUUUUAGAUCAAAGAGAACGCAGCCACCAGCUAGUUAAUGAAUACAAAGUACGUCUCCAAUGAUUUUCAAUUUGGUGGACACAAAUGGAAGUUGGUACUCCAUCCAGGUGAUAAUUCGCAAAGAAAUGACAAAGGUUAUGUAUCCUUAUACCUACAAAUUGCAGAUACAGAGAAGUAUGCUAAUGGUUGGAAGGUUAAUGUAAAUUUUAAGUUGUUCGUGUAUGAUCAGAUGCACAAAAACUAUUUGACCAUCCAAGAUGCUGGCGGCGCGGUGCGGACAUUUAGUGAAAAGAACACUGAAUUGGGUUUUGAGGAAUUAAUUUCAUUGAAGGAGUUAAAAGAUAAAUCAAAUGGAUACCUUGUUAAUGAUUCAUGUGAGUUUGGAGCUGAAGUUUUUGUAUAUGGCGGCCAUUCUGCCAAAUCAGAAAUUCUUUCUAUGAUCAAGAAUCCUACUAAUGACUCCUUCACAUGGAAAUUUGGGAAAUUUUCAACAUUGCAAGACACUAGUUACGAAUCUAAUAUCCAACAUGUUGGUGAGAGAGACUGGAGUUUGUUGAUUUAUCCUAAAGGAAAUAAAACAAGUGAAUAUGUAUCUUUAUAUCUUGAUCUAAAAAAUUGUGCUGCAAACAGAACAGUGUAUGCAACUUACACGAUAAAAAUUUUAGAUCAACUUCAUAAUAGACAUCAUAAAAAAACAGCAAGUGACUGGUUUCGUCCCUCAUCAGCUGUAGCAGGCAACUGGAUGAAAGCUGCAGUAAACAACUGGUUGGGUUCUUCGAGUAGUAAUGCUAUAGGAUAUUCAAAGUUCAUAUCUCUAAGUGAACUCAAUAAAGCAACAAAUGGAUUUAUUGUAAAGGAUGUUAUAAGCAUGGAGGUUGAAAUCCAAGUAUCCAUGACUAAGUUUUCCUCUAAUUAGAUCAUUAACUUGUGAUUAAUUUAAAAAUAAAAUGAGAAUCAAUGUCGUUUGUUGUAAGAUUGUUUCCUUGUAUUUCAUCUAGGUGUCCUUCAUUUAAAGUUGUUUGUGGACAUUUUUCUUUCUUUGUAUUUCAUUUUGAUGUAUUUCAAAUAUAAUUAAGGUUGGUUGUAUUCACCAAAAAAAUAAGGUUGGUUGUGCGUGCACAUUA